UACCAAAUCCAACAAAUUAUUACUUCGUUAUAGCCAGUUUGAAAUUUUGGCUUAGAUAGCAAGACUUAUCAAAUGCAUAUGCCAAUCACCUUUGCUUAUACCCCAAAGCACCCAACCAUAAACACUUAAUUCUACUCCCAUUUUCUUUAGAGAAAGAGUUCUAUAAUCACUUCGAUCUGGCCUAUUGCCACUGUAAAAGCCUUUCUAUGCUUCCUUAACAAGAAUAAUAGAAUGUGUGUGUGAGAGAGAGAGCAAAAUGUGGCCUUCACUCUCUACUGACCUUAAUCAUUCUGUUGUUCCCUUGCACUUUAUUAUUAAGCUCAUGAGUUUCAGUGCUUCAGAUUUAUAAUAGAAGCCUCAUAAAAAGCAAAAUAACAUAAGGGAGAUUCCUAGUCUCAACUCAUCGACAAAGAAUCUAAAGCUGGUCGGCCAUUUGGUUGCAGAUAAAAUGAUCCCUGUUUCAGCUCCUGCCAAAAUACUGAUGGCCAUCCCUUUAGACCUAGAUGAUAGUAAAGAGCUUCUCUCAUGGGCAAUCUCAGUUCUUGCUCGUCCCAAUGACGACAUUGUUGCCAUUCAUGUUAUUGUUGGUGAGGAGACAAAGAAGCAGCGCGAAUUGAUAAAGGGGAAAAGUUCGCAGAUUCGCCAAGCAAAAGCACAUGUUAUUUCUGUGCUUGGAGAAUUUGCCAGGACCUGCCAAUCUCAGCAGAUAAAUUUGGAGGCUAGAGUAGGCUUUAGCUCUAGCAUCUCUAAAGGGCUAAUUCAGGAAGCAAAAUCUAUUUCAGCUGACUAUCUUCUUAUUCGUGGCUUGAGAAGCCGAUCAAACAGAACUUGGCAUGAAGUUAUAAGGUACUGUUUUAAGCAUGCCCCAGAAGGCUGUACAGUGAUUUCAAUUGGAAAAUGUGUACAGCGUCUGCAAAAUUCUGAUUCAAAAGAAACUGAAUCAAGUUCCAGGUGGUUGUGCAAUCGAAGUGGCAGGGCUACUACCUCCCCUGUUGUAUCAAAAGUGACGAGUCAAAAAUCUUCACCGAGAUCUGUAAUAGAUGAACUUGAUGGAGAAUCUCAUAGCACAGAAGAUGAUACCAUCAGCUUUGAAGGCUCAAGCAUUACUACUGAGUCACCUUCACUGCCUUCCAAGUUCAAAAACGAAUCGAAAAUAAGAAAGCAAAUGUCUGCAUGCAAAAUUAUCUCCUCAAUCUUUACGUCACCGUUGAGAAAAAGACGGGGCAGUUUUUCCAACAAAGAGAAGCAACAGCCGUUGCUUAAGUGCUUCACAUAUGGAGAGAUUGCCAACGCCACAAAUAACUUCCACACAGAAAAUAUAGUAGGCAGAGGAGGGUACUCAGAGGUGUAUAGAGGUGACCUUUCAGAUGGGAGAAGAAUUGCAGUGAAGAGAUUAGCUGAGGACAACAAGGAUGCUACAAAGGAGAAAGAGUUCCUCAUAGAAUUGGGUAUUAUUGUUCAUGUCUGCCAUCCCAAUACUGCAAAUUUAGUUGGCUGCUGCAUUGAAAAUGGACUCUAUCUCAUUUUCAAUUUCUUUCAAAAUGGAAAUUUGGCAUCUGCAUUGCAUGGAAAAACAAGCCUGUCCUUAGAAUGGGCAGUGAGAUUCAAGAUUGUCCUUGGAGUGGCUAGAGGUCUACAUUAUCUCCAUAAAUGCUGCAAGCACCGAAUAAUACACCGUGACAUAAAAGCCUCUAAUGUUCUUCUUGGACCCGAUUAUGAACCACAGAUCACGGAUUUCGGGUUGGCAAAGUGGCUUCCUAACAAGUGGACUCACCAUGCUGUGAUUCCAAUUGAAGGUACAUUUGGGUACUUGGCACCAGAGUACUUCAUGCAUGGAAUCGUGGAUGAGAAAACUGAUGUUUUUGCAUUUGGAGUUCUGCUUUUGGAGAUUAUAUCUGGCCGAAGGCCUGUGGAUUCAUCCAAACAAAACCUUCUCUUAUGGGCAAAGCCUCUAAUGGAAUCUGGAAAGAUCAGUGAACUAGCUGAUCCAAAACUAGAAGGCAAAUUUGAUGAAGACCAAAUGUACAGAGUAGUGCUAACGGCUUCAUAUUGUGUGAGACAGUCCUCGGUAUGGCGUCCAUCAAUGAGUGAGGUGUUAGAGCUUCUAACCAUUGGCCAUGACUCUGAACUUGCAAGAAGCUGGAGGAUGCCAAAGUUCACCUCUGAUGAAUUGGAUGAUUACUCCAUGGUUUUUGGAUAUGAGGUUCCUGUGGAUGUUGCUUUAGAAGAUUAUUUGUAGUUGCACCUUCUUAUUGUGUCUUAAAAUUUUCCUUGUUUAAGGAAUUUUAAUUAAUUGUUUGGUAAAAUGAUAAGAGCUUCUUAGCUUGCAUCUAUAAUGUAACGGGAAAUUUUGGACUAGACUCGAUCCACUGUGGAAACAAGACAUAAUAUGUAUGAUAAGAUCACACAUUUAUGUCUUGGUUCUAUGAUGGAACAGGUGUAGAUAAGUUUUUCCAUAACGUGAUAUAUAAGGAUUGAUGAGUUUUCUGAGUA